AUCUCUCUGAGCUUACAGCUGCGCGCUCACGCUCACCCCGGCUCAGCGCGCGUUCCCGCAUCCCGCUGCUGUUCAGGGUACGAGGUGUGGACGGGAGCGCGCCGGGCCGGAGGAGGCGCGCUGUGAUAGUAACCCGGCGGGUCACGUUACAGUCCGGGACGCCGGCUGCCCGGGUCUCCUCUGCCAGUAGCUGUCCCCGGGCGUUGCCCCCUGCUACGUAGGGAAGAUGCCCGCCGUGUCUAAGGGAGAUGGGAUGCGGGGCCUGGCCGUGUUCAUCUCUGACAUCAGGAACUGUAAGAGCAAAGAAGCAGAAAUAAAAAGGAUAAACAAGGAACUGGCCAACAUUCGCUCCAAAUUUAAAGGAGACAAAGCUCUGGAUGGCUACAGCAAGAAGAAAUAUGUCUGCAAGCUGCUGUUUAUCUUCUUACUUGGACAUGACAUUGACUUUGGUCACAUGGAGGCUGUGAAUCUGCUCAGCUCCAACAAAUACACAGAGAAGCAAAUAGGUUACCUCUUUAUCUCCGUGCUGGUGAACUCCAACAGCGAGCUCAUCCGUCUCAUCAACAAUGCCAUCAAAAAUGACUUGUCUAGUCGCAACCCCACCUUCAUGGGAUUGGCUCUGCACUGUAUUGCCAAUGUGGGCAGCAGAGAGAUGGCAGAGGCCUUUGCUGGUGAGAUCCCCAGAAUACUGGUCGCUGGGGAUACAAUGGACAGCGUUAAGCAGAGCGCUGCCCUCUGCCUAUUGCGCCUCUACCGUACUUCCCCAGACCUUGUGCUCACCAAUGAGUGGACCUCCAGGGUUGUCCACCUUCUCAACGACCAGCAUCUGGGAGUGGUAACUGCUGCCACAAGUCUGAUCACCACCCUGGCACAGAAGAAUCCUGAAGAGUUUAAGACCUCGGUCUCCCUGGCAGUGUCUCGGCUGAGCAGGAUUGUCACUUCGGCCUCCACAGACCUGCAAGAUUACACCUACUACUUUGUUCCUGCUCCCUGGCUUUCUGUGAAAUUAUUAAGGCUGUUACAGUGUUAUCCCCCCCCAGAAGACCCUGCAGUCCGAGGACGGCUGACAGAGUGCUUGGAGACCAUUCUGAAUAAGGCCCAGGAACCCCCAAAAUCCAAGAAAGUACAACAUUCAAAUGCCAAGAAUGCGGUCUUGUUCGAGGCAAUCAGCCUUAUUAUCUAUCAUGACAGUGAGCCCAAUCUGUUGGUUCGGGCAUGCAACCAGCUGGGCCAGUUCCUGCAGCAUCGGGAGACCAAUCUGCGCUACCUAGCAUUGGAGAGCAUGUGUACCCUGGCUAGCUCGGAGUUCUCACACGAGGCUGUCAAGACUCAUAUUGAAACUGUAAUCAAUGCACUAAAGACAGAAAGAGACGUAAGUGUGCGGCAGCGGGCGGUGGACCUGCUGUAUGCCAUGUGUGACCGAAGCAAUGCUCAGCAGAUUGUAGCAGAGAUGCUGAACUACUUGGAGACGGCUGAUUACUCCAUUCGUGAGGAGAUUGUGCUGAAGGUAGCAAUCCUGGCAGAGAAGUAUGCCGUUGAUUACACGUGGUAUGUGGACACUAUCCUCAAUCUCAUCCGUAUAGCUGGGGACUACGUAAGUGAUGAGGUCUGGUAUAGAGUGAUCCAGAUUGUCAUCAACAGAGACGACGUUCAGGGGUAUGCAGCCAAGACUGUAUUUGAGGCUCUCCAGGCCCCUGCUUGCCAUGAAAACCUGGUGAAGGUUGGAGGGUAUAUCUUGGGGGAGUUUGGAAACCUUAUAGCUGGUGACCCGCGUUCUAGUCCCCUGAUUCAGUUUAACCUUCUUCACUCCAAGUUCCACCUGUGCAGUGUCCCUACUAGAGCACUGCUCCUCUCAGCUUACAUCAAGUUUAUCAACUUAUUUCCCGAAAUUAAACCCACUAUCCAGGAUGUGCUAAGAAGCGACAGCCAGCUCAGGAAUGCAGACGUGGAGCUUCAGCAAAGAGCAGUAGAGUAUCUGCGGCUGAGCUCAAUCGCCAGCAACGACAUAUUGGCUACUGUUUUGGAGGAGAUGCCACCAUUCCCUGAACGGGAGUCCUCUAUUUUGGCCAAGCUGAAGAAGAAGAAAGGUCCUAGUACAGUAACUGACUUGGAAGACACAAAGAAGGAGAAGAACAGUUCAGAUGUGAAUGGGGGCACUGAGCCCGCCCCUGUUAGCGCAGCAUCUACUCCUUCUCCUUCUGCUGACCUCUUGGGCCUGGGUGGUCCUUCUGCUGCCAGUCCAGGUGCGCCCUCUGCUAACUCCUCCGGAAGUCUGCUUGUGGAUGUCUUUGCAGAUGCAUCACUGCCUGUUGCUGCGGUCGCUACAGGUGCAGAAGACAACUUUGGAAGUGAUGUCCCAACUCCCAUAGAAGGGGCAUCUGCGGAGCCAGACCCUUCUGUGCACGAUGCAGAGGAUUUCUUCCACAAGUUUAUCUGCAAAAAUAAUGGUGUCCUGUUUGAGAACCAGCUACUUCAAAUUGGCUUGAAAUCAGAGUUUCGUCAAAAUCUGGGUCGUAUGUUUAUCUUCAUCGGCAACAAGGUUUCCUCUCAGUUCCAGAACUUCACCCCAACGUUGAUGUGCUCAGAUGAGCUUAAAGCCAGCCUGAAUCUGCAAUCUAAGCCAGUAGAACCUACAGUGGAUGGGGGAGCCCAGGUGCAGCAAGUGGUUAAUAUUGAAUGUGUGGAAGAAUUUGUGGAAGACCCUGUUCUAAACAUCCAGUUCAGGUAUGGGGGGACAUUCCAGAACUUCUCAGUAAAACUGCCGAUCACUCUGAAUAAGUUCUUUCAGCCAACAGAGAUGGAGGCACAAGACUUCUUUCAGCGUUGGAAGCAGCUCAGCAGCCCAAAUCAAGAGGUUCAGAACAUUUUCAAGGCAAAACAUCCAAUGGAUUCCGAGAUCAUAAAAGCAAAGCUCAUUGGAUUUGGCCCUGCUCUCUUGGAAAAUGUUGAUCCAAACCCAUCCAAUUACGUGGCUGCUGGAAUCAUCCAAACGAAAUCCCGCCAAGUGGGAUGCCUGCUACGCCUCGAACCAAAUGUGCAGGCGCAGAUGUACCGACUCACCAUCCGCACAAGUAAAGAAGAAGUCUCCCAGAGAUUAUGUGACUUGCUCUCUGAGCAGUUUUAAACCCAAAUCAUGGUGGCCCCAGAUCCCGUGUCUUAGUGAUUUUUCCCUUACUGCCAGUUCCUUAUCAUCUCAGUGAAAAUAAAUAUUCCUAACACGUG